ACAUUCCGCUCAUUCCAGCCGCAGCGAACAAUCAGCUCUCAGUUAUUUAUUGGUGCAGCUCGCGCUCUGCUCCGCUCAGUCUGCUGCUGGCCGUUACAUGGAGGAGAGCAGAGGAGCAGAAGACCGGGAUCAUUGUGGAAUAAAUUGUUUGAAUUGAGCAAGAAAACUGAGAAAUUACACCAGGCGACUUGUAUUUGUUUUGCGUGUGAUGAGCCUUUAUUUGGGUGAGUUUACAGCUUUGUUCUCGGAGGGUUUUUCUCUCGCUUUGACUGUUUUGGACGCCUGAUAACCAGACGUCCUAUCUGCACGGAUGUGUUAGCAUGGUGCUGUGUUGAUGUGGGAGAAUUAACGAGACUUUUUCCAGUUUGUAAAUAUGAUCUUUUAUAAUAAAUCUUUUGGCAACUUUUACACCUGUACUCACUCAAAAAUUGCUCUUUAAAAACACAUGCUGGUCUUUAGUAAACUUUAAACCUCGAACUUUGAUGUUAUUGUAUUUAUUAUUAUGAGAAACUCAUUUUCAGGGAUCAUAUUUAGGCAAUGCACCAAUACAUUUUCCAUCAACCAUUGCAUAAAUUAGUCUAUUUGUUGUUGUGCAAGUUUGCAAAGCCAAGCUAAGCCACUAUUUGUACAGUUUGGCAUAUCUAAAACAUUAAAAGUUGACCCUAACUGCUAUGAAGUUAAGGUAGGUAGGUUAGAAACUAUAUGAAUUAAGGUAUCCACUAUCAUCAAGAAAGGCUGAAAAUACAGAGUUAAGAUGUUUAAAACUGUUUUAAUUCAAUAGCUCUGUUCAAUCAAAGAGAAGUUUUAUAAGUCGCAAAUUUGCUUAAACAACUUUUCAAUGAAGUCUAUGAUACUGAGAUGCACUCUUCAGUUUGCCAGGUUAAGUUAUAUUACUAUAUAUACAGUUUUGGAACAUUUAAAACAUGGAAAGAUCACUCUCUGCUUUAAAGUUGAGGUAGAUGAAUCAGAUGCUUCCCAACUGAAGGUAUUAACAGUUAAAGUGCAAAAAUCAUUACAAGGAAACAAAAAUGCGAAGUAAAUAUGUGGAAAGUCAUUAAAUUUAAUAGCUUUAUUGAACAGGGAGUUUGAAGAGUCACAAAUUUGCUCAAACAACUGUUUGAUAAAGUGAGUACCACUCUUGAGUUGAGCUGGGGAAAGUUAUGCCUUUGAGCGUGUGAGCAAUAAAACCUGAUACACACUGACUUCACUGUCAGGGAUAUUUCCAGUAAUAGCUCUCAAAGUUAUUGUGCAAUAGAAGUCUUUGUCAAUUAAUGGAGAGGAAUGUUGGCCUCUGCCUGCAGCAUACUACCAAAAUACUGCUAUCAUACAGUAUUAUUGUUAUAAAGAAAAUAAGAUUCAAGAACCAUAGAUAAAUCAAUAAGAGUAUUGUGUCUGAUCAUUUGGAUGGUUUCUUCUUCAGGUUUGUGAUUGGAAAAGCUCCAGACUUCCCCGAUUGGCUCUAUUUUCUGCUCAUUUUGAAAUGAGAACCGCUGAGGAGUCAUCAGGAACGGUCCUGCACCGUCUCAUCCAGGAGCAGCUCCGCUACGGGAACCUGACAGACACUCGCACACUUCUUGCCAUCCAGCAGCAGGCUCUGCGUGGAGGCAGCAACAGCAGUGGGGGCGGGGGCGCAGGAAGUCCUCGCUCCUCUCUGGAGAGUCUGACUCAGGACGAGUCCCAGUACAUGCAGAUGUCUACACGACAGGAGCCUCAGGGUCAGGAGCACCAAGGAGAUGGCCUGCACUCUGAGAGCCAGGUGUGCCAUCUGUACCAGCUCCAUGGAGAAGAGCUGCCCACAUACGAGGAGGCAAAAGCCCACCUGAUCUCCCAGCAAGCCGAGCAGGAGGCACCCAGCAUGGACAUAAUGGGGGGUCACAGUGAGGGACAGUGGGAUCUAAAGAGGGAGCACGCUCGCUCCCUCAGUGAGAGGCUCAUGCAGCUUUCUCUGGAGAGGAACGGAGCUCGACACAGUGCGGCUAUGAGCACCUCACACAGCUACCCACAGCUGUACAACCAAAAUAUCACAAACACUGCAGCUCAUGAAGGGACACAGCAGAGUGUGGACCAGCGAGGGCCACCCCCGGACUAUCCUCUCAUUGCCAGACUGCCUGGAUAUAUGCUUAGCCACUCACAGGAGCAUGUACAGUACUACAGAGACCCUCCACCCCCUUUCUACGCUCAGCAUCACAGGUAAAAAAAAAAGGGAUGAGACGAAUGAAUCUGACUAAACGAGGUCAUAUAUCCUGCUUCAGAUAACGCUUCCUUUCAGUACUUCCUACACCUUGUGGUUUCCAACAGUUUUGUAACGAUUACUCAUGUCUCCUCUCAGCAGGUAUGUGUCUGCUCAGUCCCAGGUGGCUCACAACUGUAGUACAAUCCCAACCUCAAGCAAUAACUCAGCUCAGACUGAUGUAUUGAUGCGGGAGAAUGAGCGGCUCAGGAAGGAGCUUGAGGUCUACGCUGAGAAGGCCGCCAGGCUGCAGAAGGUGAGAGACCAGUGGAUGUGCUGGCACACAGAGGCUGUGAAAUCAUAACAAAGCAGUGUCCUAAUAGUGCUAGUCAGGGUCAGAGGCUAUUUGGCAUACUAUUCAUUUCAUACUGAAGCCAAAUAGAUUCUCUCUAAUAGUUGAGUGUAAAAGUUUCUCCUCCUCUACAGUCCCUUCAGCACCCCCCCUUUGUCUUUCAAACAUGCUGGCAUUUUGCCACCAGAGCAGAUAAAUGCCCUGACACCUGGGACCCACAAGUAUUCACUCAGGAAUGUCGAAUCCAACUAUUCACAUGCGCAUAGUAUUAUGAGCCAUUUGCCUGUGGGCAGUAAAAAAGGAAUGAAGAGAUGACUAAUUAGCCUCACUGGUGUUAACUACUGAAAACUCGACCACAGUGCAGACAAUGACUGUGCAUGCCUUUCCCAGAGACUGAUCAUCUUCUCACAUCUCCUUCUCAGUUGGAGCUGGAGAUUCAAAGGAUUUCUGAAGCCUAUGAGACCCUGAUGAAAGGCUCUGCAAAGCGGGAGGCUCUGGAGAAAACAAUGAGGAACAAACUGGAGGCUGAAAUCAAAAGGAUGCAUGACUUCAACCGAGACCUUCGAGGUAUGUGUUGACCACUAAACCCAUCCUGAUGAUUCCUGCUGCAGUCUGUGUUUAAGCAUCAUGUUUCAUUUAUUAUCCUGUUUUUUUACAGAACAACUCGACACAGCUACCAAACAUCGAGCAGCAAAGGAGACAGAGUGUUCGGACCAGAGACAGCACGUCUUUGUUAAACUGCUGGAGCAAAGUGAGUUUAUCUCUGUGUUUUAUUGAACCUUUAUUAAGCCUUUUAAUGGAGACACUGUCCUCUCAGUGUACGGCACAGAAAAGGAGGUUUUCUGCUAUUAUUAUUAGUCAAUAUGAGCCCAUCACAGAUACACCAGUAUGUGCUUGGAUGUAUUCUAGUAUUUGUAGAAGUUAAACUUAUUCAUCUGGACAUGUGAUGCAGAAAUAGUGCUUUUGGUUAUUUAGGAGCAUAACAUUGUCAUGUUUUCACCAUUGGACAUACGAUCAGUUUGCCUCCUGUGAACUUGUUUUUCCAUUAACCAGCUGAAGGGGGUCAACUACUGUAGUUGAAGCAGACCCACUUUGGUCAAUCAAUAGAUUUCUGCCCUGUGUUUGUGUCAAGGACAAAGAUAGUGAUGCAGUUAUAUUGCCUGAUUGGACUAUGACUGUAGCUUCACUCACUUAAAGAGUAUAAUGCAGAAAACAGCACUAAGGGUGACUUAAAAAUGGCGCUUUUAGUUCAGCUGAAAAACAGAACCCGCAACCAUGAAUCAGUGCAUCAGAGCCAUGCAGACGGUGGUUCGCACUGGAUAUGGUUUAAUAUUGUAUCUUAAUAUUGAAUAUUCUGUGUCAAGUUCUUUGUUCAAGGAAGCAGCCUUCAGAAUAUACAAGCACAUUAACAUAAAAAAGCGGUUUUAUUUCAGAUCUCUUUUUAUUUGGACUCUGUCCUGGUGUAAAAAUCCUCUUCAGUCAAAGAUUUCAUGUCAGUCAGGCUCCAUUUAUGAGUUUUUAAACUGAUUUGACAAACUCCCUUCCUUCAGAAGGACCAAACAAUGACAGGAACAUAUUAAAACAGUGAUUGGUUUCCUCUUUCAGGGAGGUGUUGAGUUAUGAAAGCUGUCUCUACAUGUCAAACACCUUCAUAUCUAAUGUGAGGAGCUACUCUGGGCGCUCACCGAGACACCAGCCAUUUUUGCAUCGCUGCAGUGAAUGUGGCCUGAAUUCCUGGGAUUUUUUUCAGUAUUUCAGGCUGUUCUAGCUUUAGGAAUGCCUCCCUCCUCUCUCCUCUUUCCCUCCUCCCUCUUUACUCAGUUUUGCAUCACCGCUGACUUUCCUCCUUGAGGGGAGCUAAUAAGUCUGGGACUCCAGGGCAUCCAGGCCUGACUCAACAUGACCUCUGGUCGUCUCACUCUCCUUGUUUGGGCAUUUUUUUUUUACCUCAGGGUUCAAUCAUUUUCAGUGUGUUGUGAAUAUUUCUUCCUCUCUUGACUGUACUGGAAUGUAUUGUAGAGUAGAGAAGAACCUGAUAUUUUGUGCAUUUCCAUUUAUCAAAAAGUGGAGGAGGAAGAAAGCCAUGCAUGAAAAAGUAACUCAGAGGAGUCUUUUUAAAAGUUAGUAUAACAUGAAUACAGCCAAAUACAAUAAGCAAAGCCCACACUAAGACAAAAACAAGAUUUCAAGAAUAAAGAACUUUGUGUUAUUAAUGCAAACUUGUAGGAUUUAUGCCUUGCAUAAGACCAUUAAUGAGAAGAGGAUCAUCUUUUUGAUUUUGCAUUUUGAGAAACGGGUAUAAUUGCCAAAAUUUCGUCUUUUUUUUUUUUUAAACAUUAUUUUAGAUAUAUACUCACAACACUUUAACUCUUAAGCUUUUACUCCUCUUUGCAAAUUAGACUGUACGAUUUUGAUUUUCUUUCCCAAACUCUGCUGUAGUUACAUAACCAUCAGCGCUCUCCUGCAUACCACUCUCACUGGAGUGACAGCUGCACUGUUCUGUGUUGGUUUCAGUGAUUGACCCAAAGCCAAACAUCAGAAUUAUUGCCUGUUUACAGUAACAGUUAUCUCGGAGCAGCAGAGGCAAAAGCCACAUCUGGACUACAAUUGGUGGAUGUGUAGAUUUUUUUUCUCCUCAAGGACCACUUGAAUUAUAUUUUGAGCCGCUUGUUUACUUCUCGUCCCUUGAAGCAUUCCUGAGCUUUUCCCAGUACAAGGCGAUGCCUGUGUGCGUAAGUGGAUAAGAGGAAGUCUGCAUUCCCUCCACAGGCAUGCAGGCGUGUUGUGUAAUCAGCCCCCUUUUAAAAGUGGCACAACAGACAAGCUGGAUUUCCUUUACGAAAAAUUCCACUGAAACGUUGACCAACUUUUAAUAAGUGUUUGAAAAUGUUGUUCCUGCUGCUUGCCUGAUCCACGUGUAGAAAUCUUUUUGUUGCUCUGCUCUCCGCUUUUGCGUGGCUGAAUCACAUGCCUGAAUGGCAGUGUGUAAAUGUCCCUUGUUGGGUCACAUUCCUUACAAAACAUCAUUCACUAAGCUGAUUCAGCUGCUUGAUUGAUCCCAUCAAUGGCUGCUGAAACUCUUGAUAUGAAGUUUACUCUUCUUAAGAAUUCAUUUGACCCCCUUCACAGUACUGCUUUUGUUCUAUAGCUUGGGAAAUUCACCCCGAGGCCUCUUUUCCCUCGGUUUUUAUCGUAGAUGAAGAGCAGCAGCGGGAGCGUGAACAGCUGGAGCGGCAGAUACAACACCUGCGCAUCUCUGGGGAGGAGUGCCAACGCAGACGGGAGAUUCUGGAGCAGGCCCUGGCCACGACCCAGGCCCGAAACCGUCAGCUGGAGGAAGAGCUGCAGAGGAAGAGGGCCUAUGUGGAGAAAGUGGAGCGGCUGCAGAGUGCGCUGGCUCAGCUGCAGGCAGCCUGUGAGAAGAGGGAGGCGCUAGAGCUGCGGCUACGUACACGGCUAGAGCAGGAACUAAAAAGCCUGAGAGCACAACAGGUGAGCAGGAAAAGUUAUUUGAAGGUGUAAGACUACUAAAACAACACUUUGGAGAGGUUUUUCUUGAGAGUUAGAUGAGACUUCCGUCAGCUUAGAAUGUUCAGUUUUGGCCAUGUGUUUAAAACUUGUCACAUUUGUCAUUUGUCAUGUGUCAAAUUGCUGAUUCAAACAGUAUAUGGUUCUCUGGAAGCAAAAUGGUUAUAUCUGUUGUCCUUUAUCUCAGUCUCAGAACCAGGCAGCAGACUCAACAGCUUCAGAGUUGAGCCUGUCCACUUUGCAGCAACAGCAGCUAAGAGAAAAAGAGGAGCGUAUUCUGGCCCUGGAGGCAGACAUCACCAAGUGGGAGCAGAAGUACCUAGAGGAGAGCACCAUGAGGCAGUUUGCAAUGGAUGCAGCUGCUACUGCUGCAGCACAGAGGUACAAUAAAACAUGGAAACAUGUAGCUGAAAUAAAAGCUCAAAACUAGUGGAAGGUUUGGGAUGGUUUAUAACAGAGAUCUUUUCUUUUGCAGGGAUACAACCAUCAUCAAUCACUCUCCUCGGCAUUCACCAGACAGCAGUUUUAAUGAGGACCUGUCUUUAUCAAGUCAGAGACAUCAGGAGAUGGAGAAAAGGUAUGAACAUACAGUAUAUUGCUCUGAACAUACAGUAUAUUGCUCAUUGUUAGAAACUCAGUCAAAUCUUCUUGAGGAGUGAUCUAACAGUGUAAAAAUGUGUUCAGGAUUCGUGCACUUCACGCUCAGCUCCUGGAGAAGGAUGCUGUGAUCAAAGUCCUCCAGCAGCGCUCCAAAUGGGAGCAGGGCAAGCUUCGACUGGCCCGGUCCGUCCCCUCCAUCAACACUGUGACCAGCAGCACAGAGAGUAAAGGUGAGAACAAGAUGAUUCCCUACCCGUGAGGAAUUCUAAAUCUAUAAUGACACAUGCUAUUAGGCGACAACUGGCAGACUGGUCAGCGCCGCCAGACAGAAUGUACGCUUCCUAAAAAAAGUGGGCAGUAGAUGACAACCCUUUCGUGUCCCUCAAAUAGACAACAUGUUUUUAAACUGGAAUGCAUAUCGUCUCUCACUCCAGAAUAGCCUGAUCCAGAAUAGUCAUGGGAAGAACUCAGCAGGCAGAUGUUUAGGAGAGUGUCAAUGUGGAUGUAAGCAGGUAAUUAAGCAGCCUCCUCCUUUUGUCUUCGUCUGCAGGAAAGAGCCUCUCAGAUGAUCAGACAGGUGCUGCUGCCCUGCACAUCAAAUCCAGGGUGGUAGUCGCUAAGGCUCCUAGCCGAGACUCCAGCACCCAGAGUGACGAGGUCCCACAGGAGCAGGAAGCAGAGUCCACAGCAGAGCCCAGCAAGCAAAAGCCAUGUGAUGUGAUCUCAGCAGCUACGUCGAGUGAGUUUAUAGUUUUGUCAGACAAAAUCACCACUAUGCAAAACACUGCUAAUGUAAACAGUCAUGUUUUUAUUCUAAUCAAAUUACAAGUCCAAAAAUAUGGAGCAUUUCCUUAUGGUGACUGCUACUGUGUUUAAAUCACAGUAUCACGUAGAAGAAUAUUUUUCACUAUACAAACGUGACAUCAGGAAUGUAAUACUGCCAAAUGUAACAAGCAGUAAAGAGUAUAAAGUAAAGAAACUCUGCUCAGUGUAAACAACAACCAAACUACACUUAGUAUGUUGACAUUACGGCUCAUUUAGGCCGUUUUACUCAACUGCAGUCCUUGUCCCAGUACACAGGCACCAUCGAAAAAUAAAUAAAGUGAUUAGAGGUAAGAGGUGAUAUUCCUCCUUUUAGCCAGUUACUAUAUGACCAUCUUCUGGCUGAACUGUUACAUCACAAAACAGACAACUCUACAGCCCUAUACUGUGUACUCGCUUUGUUGAGUUUAAAAACCCACCACCCCACCCCAAAAUUUUUCUUUUGUUGUUUGUUUACUCCCUUUAAUCUAAUGCAAUACAUCAGUUUUUGAUAUCAAGUAAAUGUUCUGAGUCCUAAAAUGACCAGACUUUGAUUUAUACUGGGCUGAAAGAGAUGUUCAGAACAGAUCUUUUGCAUGAUUAAAAGAUACAGAGCAAUGCAAAGUCAUAUGUCACUUAAACAGGUGCCAGGGUGCAGUUACUACAGUCAAAAAAGUUACCUCUGUUGCGUUUUAACAAAGGUUAUUUUUUUUCUAACCUGAUUAAAGUUUGCUGGAAUCUGCUUUGCCUCUAAUGAGCUCACGUUUAUGAACUGAUAACAUUACAAAUUUAAAGCUCAUUCAAUUUAAAGCUCAAAUUAAACCAUUUGUAUUGUGCAGCUUUGCAAACAGCAGCUCUUGCAGUUUUAUUUGCUCUUGCAUACCAAAGUUGUUUUUCUAAUCUGCUAAUUUUGUCUCCACUGUAGACGCCACGGAGGAGCCAAAGGCAACACUCAAGACAUUCAAGAGCAUCAACAGCUCAGACGCAGAGGUGGUAGAAAUCCUCAUUUAAGUACUGGCUGCAGCUGACGUGACUGAGCGAUGACAGAGACACUUGGCGGAGUUGUUAAAGGCCUUCAUGACAUCUGCUGAAAGUAAAGAGCGGCCGAUCGUCUGUCAGCAACAUAAAUGAACAUGCAGAGUCCAGAAUGAGGCACAGGCCAAAGAGGGGAGCUGAGCUUCCCUUCAACUGUGUCAUAGACUCCCGAUUCAGGACUCUUUGAGGUACACAGGCAGUAUUGUGUGUCAUGAGAGGAAACGGCUGCUGAUUGUGCAUUUGUUGUGCAUGUUUUUUUUUUGUUUGUUUUUUGUAAUGUAUUGUAUUUAUAUUUAUAUAAGUGCUGCUCAUAUUGUGAUGUUUUCUGUUGUUUGAGGGUAAGAAGUACAAGGAUCCCUUGUCCUGCUCUGCUUACUUAAGUUAUAAACCGAUGCACUCACUUUUCAAACAUAUCUAUGUUUCGUUUGGUUUAUUUUUGAUUUCGAGUAGCAAUCCUGUUACCAUGCCCUCUAUUUGUAAUGGGAAUAUUUAUAAAAAUGACUCAGCCUCUGCAUCUCUCGUGUUUCCAUGCUAUGUUAGAGGAUUAUUCUGUUAAACAGAACAAGUCGAACCCUAAAUUAACAGUUGUUCCCCUCUUUAAAAUACAUUCAGGCCCCUGCUUGCAGCUCAGUAGAGGCUUUGGAAACUUCCUUUGAAUCCGGAGCCUCCAGAACCUCCGCUCAUUCUCUCUUAAAAAAGCUUGUGAGGAUUGACGGCAUUUCACGGAGGUCUAAUUUUUCCAGAUCCCGGGUUAAUGUUUGGGGCCUCACAUGGCGACUGCCCAACAUUUCGCUCCCCUCUGCUGACACGUUGGAGCUAAUCUUCUCACAUUCCCCUCGCUGAGGGAAUGCUCCCGUUAAAGAAAAAAAGGCUAUCUAAAGUCUGACCCCUCGCCCUUGUUAAAAUGGCACACAUUCUCCACAUGAUUCCUCCUCUUGGGGUGGUUAUUUCUUCUGAGCCGUGGUAGCUGGUUCCAUCAUGAGCACAGAAUCGGUCAACUAUAAUUGGCCCGCAUUUGCUACUCUAUUUGUUGUCCCCAUCACUGUGUUAUAUUCAGACCUGUUUUCUCCAUUGCUCACAUUUCUAACUGUAUCCCUAACAUGGAAUCUUCUAUUUAUUUCUCCCUGCAUGAUGCAGGAUCACUGAACACUGCUGAAUGUAGACUCCUGUUUUCCAAGACUGAGUUUUAUAUUUGACUGGAAAUUCAGAUUUCUUAAGAGGGAAAAUGCAAAAUAACUGAGUUGUAAGACUGAUUUCCAUCUUGACAACAUAAUUCCAGGAGUAUCUGUGUCAAAUCAAACAAAUAUCAUGUGAAAUGUCAAACACAUAGUUUUUUCCCCUUCAUACUUCUUCCAUCAUCGUUUCCCGUCACAAUGCAUUUGCUGGUCAAUGCGGCGUGUCCUUUGACGUAUUGCCCUACUCUUUGUUUGGAAUGUGUUUACAUGAAUGGCUAUUUGAAGUGAGAGAUGUUAAUAUAUUUUCGUUUUGUUUCUGUUUAUAUUUUCUGUAUUUUUAUUGUUUUCUGGUGCCAAAGAUGUACUCUAAAUUAUAACCGUUGUCAAAUACAAAAGGUCCCGUCAAGGCGCCUUGCUUCAGCUGGUUGACCCAUUUUGUUAUGGCUGUGAACUUUUGUAAAGGAAACAUUUGUAUGUAUGCCUUAACAUUUCUCCAUAAUAGAUUAAAAUUCUUAAUAUAUGUCUCAGAAAA